AUGUCCAUUCUGUCGAGACGUGAUUUUUCUUGUUACCGUUUCUCCCUGUCUUCAUUUUCAUCAUUCGGGUACCGGUACCCCUAUCAUGUUCUACAAGUCCUCUUGCUGUUAGGGGCCACCCUGGACCUUUCUAUGUCGGUCCCCUCAGUAAUCAUUCCUGUCAAUAAAACUGGUUCAGUACCACCCAUCCCAAACAGAGAAAAUUGCCAACUCCAUGGCAUCCACUUGGCCUAUGGCAACACUGUUCAUGAUAUGGUGAUCAUAUGGUCCACAGUAGUGAACUGUACAAGUCAAGUAAGAUAUGGGAAGCAUCCAAAGAUUUUAAACAACACAGUUUCAAGCAAGGUUGUCUACUUUAAUGAAAGUAAUCCUCUUGGGAGACAUUACUUGUAUAGGGCAGAACUUAAUAACUUGACACCCGACACCCUCUACUAUUAUUACAUCAGCAACAAUUAUCAUGUUGGCAUAACUCGUUACUUCAAUAUACCUCCAAACGGCACUAAUUGGUCUCCUUCAUUCAUCUUAUUUGGUGACUUAGGCGUCCAAUCUCAUAUUCACACGGUGCUCACAAAUGAGAUCAGAAAUGGAAAAUAUUCAGCUAUCUUUCAUGUUGGAGACUUUGGAUAUGAUUUAGAAAGCGAUGGAGGAACGGUCGGAGACUCAUUCAUGGACAUCAUUGAGGACUAUGCCAGUUACAUUGCAUACAUGACAGCCCCAGGCAAUCAUGAAAUCAAUGGUGGAAACUUUAGCCAUUAUCGCUACAGAUUUUCUAUGCCACAGACAAAAUGGCCAAUGACUGUUAAUAAAUUAUGGUACAGUUUUGAUAUAGGACCCAUUCAUUUCAUCAGUUAUUCUACUGAAGCAUAUUUUACCAACCCACAAACUGAUGGAGCUGCUCAGUCUGCUUGGCUAAUCAAGGAUUUAAAAGAGGCAAACCUGAAUCGAAAGAAGCGGCCAUGGAUUGUAGCCUAUGGACACCGACCUAUGUAUUGUUCAAACACUGAUUUUGACGACUGCACUAAGAAUAAUUCUGUUGUUCGUGAACACCUGGAGAGCAUAUUCUAUAUUGGAGGAGUUGAUAUUAUAUUUGAAGCUCACGAGCAUUCAUAUGAAAGACUUUACCCUGUUUAUGACAACAAAGUGAUGUCUUACAACUACACAAAUCCACUGGCCCCUAUCCACAUCAUAACUGGAGCAGCUGGCAACAAAUACAACAGUGACCCUAUGAAUGGGCCCAAAGUUAAUCAAACCUCAACAUCAAGCCCCUCUCUGAAUACAACUGCUAAUCAAACUUCAACACCCAAGACUUCUGUGAAUAUUUCUGCCAAAUGGACUGCAUUCCGUCAGAGUGAGGGCUCACUGAACAGCUAUGAUCCCUUUCUUGGGAGGGGUGUCACUUCUUCCAUAUGCCUAGCCACAUGCUUAACUUCUGUAUUUUCAAUCCUUCUUUCCUCAAAGCCUUUCACAAUCUCACCCUUCCGCCCGUCUCUAUCCAUUGCUUUCUUCUCCCACAUUUGA